CCUCAACGGCUUUUUCCCCUUUUCUCCUUGCCCUCUGCAACCACACCCACCGCCACCCACGCGCCGCGUGCUGUCCGCAUCUGUAGCGCACAAACCUCAACUGGUCUGCAACUGGCAUUUUCCGGCUCAAUUUCUCUCCCUUCCCGCAAACCACUCUCUUCCUUGCACACCUAGAAAGGGAAGGAUAAACGGGGGGUGUGGGUGCCUAAGUACCUAGGUGGGUAGCAGUUGUACAGGCAAUCUAUCGCCAUACCCAGGGAGACACAGACGGGCUACUGCGCCAACGGAAUUCGCUCCCAGCGGGCGCUAGCUACUCCAACGUCUCGACGCGCAUCCAACCUUAACGGGACCGCAAACCAGGGGCCUGGUUGCCGACGCCAACGUCAACACCCCUCGUAUCUUACCUCUCUCCAGCGCACCCCCUUUUCUCCCGACCGGCCUGGGCAGUCUGUAGAACGGUAAGCAUACCUCGCACGAAACAACACUCAGCGGGGCGAAGGAAAAGCUUUUUGCCGCCUACAAGAAAGCCAGGGGUUGUUUUUCCCUUCCAAUUUCAAAAAACCCUGGGGGAAAAACGUGAAACUAGCCUGCUACGGUCGGUUAGCCAAUCCCACAUCAUUUCACGCCGCCCAUCACCGGCGGACUAAGCUCCAUAUGACCGUCUCAUCCGGCCCCCAACACGGCGCCGGCCACCCGGCCGUGCCCGCCGCUGUAGACGAUACGACGACGGCGGACUUGACGAGUCCUCGACAACCAGCAAAGGAGAAGUGUGAGGGGGAGGAGGAGGAGGAGGAAGACGCAGCCGCCUACGAGUCGCGCCAUGUCCAUACCGUCUACGAGGCCAUCGCCCCGCACUUCUCAUCCACCCGCUACAAGCCUUGGCCUCUCGUUGCCUCCUUCCUACUCUCGCUGGCCCCUGGCUCCGUCGGCCUUGACGCUGGCUGCGGCAACGGCAAGUACAUUGGCGUCAAUCCGGCCCUCUACAUCGUCGCCUCGGACCGGAGCGCCAACCUGGUUUCGCUGGCUCGCAGCUACCAGCCGCCGCACUUUGACGCCGAAGCUUCUGCCGCCGCCGCCGCCGCUGUCUCCAAGAAGAAGAACAAGAAGAACAAGAACGCCGCCGCGACAUCCGGGCCUGCGGCGGACGCGGCACAGACACCACCACUACCACCUCCGCCGCCCCCGGCCCGGGCUCCGAACAACCAGGUCUUGGUAGCCGACUCCCUGGCUCUGCCGUACCGGGCCUCGGCUUUCGAUUUUGCCAUUUCCAUCGCCGUCAUCCACCACAUGUCGACGCGCGAACGCCGCCGGGCCGCCGUCGCCGCCCUGCUCGACGCCGUCCGCCCCGGCACCGGAAAGGUCCUCGUCAUGGUAUGGGCGCUGGAGCAGGGCAGCAGCCGCCGCGGCUGGGACGCCGGCGCCGCGCAGGACCAGCUCGUGUCAUGGGUCACCAAGGGCAAGAAGGAGCAGGACCGGCCGGCCCAGGACGAGACGUUCCAGAGGUACUAUCACCUCUACCGCGAGGGAGAGCUCGAGGAGGACGUGGUCGAGGUGGGAGGCAGGGUCCUCGAGCGUGGCUACGAGAGGGACAACUGGUGGGCCGUCUUUUGCCGGGACGCUUGACGAACAUCAACCGACUCUCGAGGGAAGCAAAAGUAGUACCGCAUGCAUGCAUGGAACCGGGGGGAGAUGGCAGGGGGAAGGGAGAGAGGGUUUAAAAAGAAGAAGGGGUGAUCUAGGGACCCGAAAUUCUAUCAUGACCGUUUCCCAUCUCUUCAUCAAGUGACACAUAGUUCGUUUGCUCCUUGCUUCCUUCUCCCUACGCUCUUCGCUCUGGUCGUCCCUUCCAAGAAACAAUACAUACAGGUGAAGCAGCACACGCACGCUCGCGCACACACAAACACACGCACGCACGCGCGUCUCUCUCUCUCUCUCCCUCCCUCCCUCCCUCUUCAUCUCCCCUCCCCUCCCCCUCCACCUCACAUUCCUCACCCCCUCUCGACCAUCUCAACCACCGCGAUUUUGUCAUCCGUGAAGAAGGCGAAGGAAUACAGAAAUGGUCUCUUUUCUCCCCUCCCAUCUCCCACCUGCCGGGUACCGUGAAAACCCAACGGCAAUCAGAAUUUUGAUGUUUUGUCGCCUCAUGCGUA